UAAUAGAGGAAAGUGAAGACGARGCCAUGGUUUAGCGUCGCAUCUGAAAGAUGAGGUACGCACAGUUCGUCAUGGGACCGGCAGGAAGUGGGAAGUCCACUUAUUGCWAUACGAUUCAUAAACACUGUGAAACUAUUGGUCGAGCUGUUCAGGUAGUUAAUCUAGAUCCAGCUGCUGAGCAUUUUAACUACCCAGUAACAGUAGACAUAAGAGAAUUAGUUGAGUUAGAUGAUGUGAUGGAWGCUGAUGACUUGAAGCUUGGUCCGAAUGGAGGAUUAGUGUUCUGUAUUGAAUAUUUUAUUCAAAACUUGGAGUGGCUAAAAGAACAGUUGGGUGAAGAUGAUGAUGAUUACAUAUUAUUUGACUGCCCAGGGCAGAUAGAGCUGUACACCCAUUUACCAGUCAUGCGGCAGUUUAUUGAAACUCUUCAGCAUUGGGAUUUCAGAGUUUGUGGUGUGUUCCUGAUUGACUCUCAGUUCAUGGUUGAAUGCAGCAAAUUCUUCUCUGGGAUUCUCUCAGCAUUGUCAGCCAUGGUUCAGCUAGAAAUUCCCCAUGUGAAUGUCAUGACAAAAAUGGACUUGUUGACAAAAAAACAGAUGAAAGAAGUAGAAAGAUUUUUAGAUCCUGAUCCAAGAAUGCUUGUUGAAGAGUUAGGAUCUACAAUGAAUAAAAAGUUCUGUCGCCUCAAUCAUGCAUUAGCACACUUGAUUGAAGACUACAGUAUGGUGUACUUUCUGCCUCUAAAUCCAAAUGAAGAGGACUCAAUAGCAUUCAUUCUGAAUCAGAUUGACAUGGCCAUACAAUAUGGUGAAGAUGCAGACAUAAGAACUAAAGAUUUCAAUGAACCAGAGAAAGAAAAUGAUGACUUGCCAGUGGAUGGUUAACAACCCAAUUAUACAAAAUGAUUGAAAAAUCAGUGGCCAAUAUAAUCUUGGCCCUUGUUCCACUACUGCAUCCCACAAGCACUACUCAAAUUUAUGCAUAGUAUUGUAUUGUAUUAUAUCCACAUAACAAUAGAUUAACAAUACAACUCUUUUAAGAAUGACGCAAUACAAUAGAAUACAAUACAAUGGCAUGCAUAAAUUUGUCAGAGUAUUGGACAAGUAUGGGCAUUACAUUACAGUGGAAUUCUUCAUGAGAGCUAUGUAAGGACCUUGGAAAAAUAGACUCUGCAUUCUAACUUAUAUAUUCUACAAAAUAUUUGAUUUAAUAGUAGACAAAUGUAGUAAGCAACAGUAUUUUUAAUUUUCAAAGAGCUUGUUAACAUUCAAAGUAAACAAGUGCAAUAAAAAUGGUUAUUUUGUA